UCCCCUGUCAGAUUGCCUCUUACUUCAUUCUUUUCAAACACUCUGACCUGUGUUUUAAACCUAGCUACUCUAUUCUUUUGUGCUGAAAUUUUAUCGCAGCUGUCAUUCAGAUCCUGCGCAGAAAAGUCUCGGUUAUAAUCCUGACCUUGAAGUGUCAGCUGUAUGGAUUGUUUUUGAAAAGACCAGCUCUGAAAAUGGCAGCGAAUCAACUAGAGGAUGUGGUUCAAAGAUGGAGAACAACUGAAGACUUUAAACCAGAGGAUCAUGAACUCUUUCUGAAUGCUGGUCAUACAUGCAUUGCCCAAGGUGAUAGUAUUCAACUCCUGGACUUCAUAAAAGAGGAGGCAAAUCAGCACAUAGUAAGGUCUAUGGGCAGUGGUCUAUUGCCUGCACUGUUGAAUGAAGUGCUGAGAAAGGACAGGAGUCCUGCCAACUGUCAGGCUAUCCUCAAUGAACUUGUAAAGAUCUGCAGUGUGAAAGAACUCCUUGAUAUUUUACUUCAGCAAGUAGAAGACACUGAUCCAAAUGCCAUUGCAGACUCCAUCAUUGUUCUUAUGCCUCUUAUUCAGUCAGUGCUGUUGAGAAUGAGCGAGCCAAAGGCCGUUGGAUUGACUUUGGCCCUUGAUUCUCUGCAGAAACAGAUUUCAAAGCUGCCUGUACCUUACUCACACAAACAGGAACAGGAAGAUGUGUACGGGCUCUGUCGAUGCUGCACUGCAAUACUGACCUUUGUACAACCUUUUGUACAGGAAGUCAAGAAUCAAGACACAAACUCAGUGGCCACCGCACUAAAAGCUGCUCUUCUAAAGUUUUGCAUGAAGAGUCUAAGGGAACCUCUCCUCCAAGUUCAGCUGGACAGAGAGGCGAACAUUACAGAAAUGUCACCCUUGUGGAAUUUUGCCACAGAAAUAAUGGCAAUCCUAGCAGUGAUCCAAGAACCUCUGCCAAAAAUCCUGUUCUACCAUCCUUUGAAAGGAAAAGAAGACACCUUUUCAGAGAAAGACACUUGUCUUGUAAAUGAAUCAAGAGCAUGCAUGGCUUACUUGCUUUUUGUCCAUCUUAUUGCCAUAGACGUGUUUCCUGCAGUUUUUAGCCCUGUUUUCGUCCUGCAGCGUAAUAUGGAAUACAUCAAUCUUCUUUUACGUAGAAAAGAUGAAUCAUGGAUAUUAAAAGGGCUGGACUUGCAUGUUAAAAGUUUGGAAAGAGUAACAGACUGCAGUCUCCCCGUGGAGCUCUUAGACCUGAAACCGUUUCAUGAGGUUCCAAAGAACUUAAUUACGAUUAUGACUGACUGUCCUAUCCAGCAUUUGAGAGGAAAAAGUCUUGUGGUGUUCCAGCUCUUUAUAGAGAAGCUUAAUGGUGAAGCGAAGCACGCAUUUUUCAGACGCAUCAUGAAGACUAGCCAUCAUGCAGGUGUAGAAAGUAUCAUCAUCAAAAACAUCAAAAAUCAAGUGGAACGGUGCAGAAAGUCAGGCUACGAAGACAGCUGGUUUGAGGGGGCUCCGCUCAUCUCAUUACUCAGAGACACUAUCGUUCUCCCACAGGGCCAUGAAACCGACUUGCUAAAUGGGAUGGACAGGGUAAUGGAGUCUCUGAAUCUUCUGCGGUAUUUACUGAUUCAGGAAAAAAAACAUUCUACUGGAAUAUGGACAGACCUGUGUCACACUGCAGACAGUUACACAAAAUUAUUACGAGUAUGUCUAAGCAUGUCAAAAUCAUACUAUGGGACAGAGUUAAAAAGACUUAGAGAGGACAAAAAGAUCAAGGCUAAAGAAUUUAAGCAGGCCUCUGGGAAGAGAUCAGUCCAGAACUUGAUUGUGAAAACAGAGAUGCUUGGCAACAUGCCAUGUGAGGCACAGGAUAAGGUUUUGCAGUGCGCCCCUGGUCACAUAUGACUUGAUGGAAAGCCUUGUGGUGCGAAUGGAGGAAAUCAUUGAGGACAGUCAGAAAUGAAAUGGGGGAAAUGGGGGAAAGUCAAUUA